UCAGCCUCCGCCGGAGAGGACAAGCCGCUCUGACACUUUGAGCUUACUUUUGUCUUUGGCAAGACAGCAACAUGUCGGAGACUGCUCCAGUGGCUCCUACCACUCCUGCACCCGCGGAAAAAACACCUGUGAAGAAGAAGGUGAAGAAAGCAGGCGCAGCGGCUGGAAAACGCAAGGCAUCGGGACCCCCAGUGUCUGAGCUCAUCACCAAGGCAGUGGCAGCUUCCAAGGAGCGCAGCGGCGUUUCUCUUGCCGCGCUUAAAAAAGCGCUUGCGGCUGCCGGAUACGAUGUAGAGAAAAACAACAGCCGCAUCAAGCUUGGCCUCAAAAGUUUGGUGAGCAAAGGCACCCUGGUGCAGACUAAAGGCACUGGUGCUUCUGGCUCCUUCAAACUCAACAAGAAGGCGGCUUCCGGGGAAGCUAAGCCUAAGGCUAAGAAGGCUGGUGCUGCCAAGCCUAAGAAGCCCGCAGGGGCAGCCAAGAAAGCCAAGAAGGCGACUGGUGCCGUUACCCCCAAGAAAAGCGUCAAGAAGACCCCUAAGAAAGCAAGAAAGGGGGCAACAGCUGCUGGGACCAAGAAAGCUGCCAAGAGUGCGAAAAAGGUGAAAACAUCACAGCCGAAGAAAGCUGCCAAGAGUCCGGCCAAGGCCAAAGUUCCUAAACCCAAGGCAGCCAAGCCUAAAGCGGCGAAGCCGAAGGUUACAAAGGCGAAGAAGGCGGCUCCGAAGAAAAAGUGAAACUGGCGGGACGUUCCUCUGAAAAUUUAAACGGCUCUUUUCAGAGCCACCUAGAGAUCUCAGUAAAAAGAGCUGUAACUUGUUUUCUUAGAGGAACGGGGUGGUGUGGGAAUGGCGGACGGGUCUACCCUAGUCAAUGCAAGUUGGGGUUCAAGUAAGCUCACCGUUCCCUGCAGCCUGGGUGCGAAGAUCCUCCCGCCACAGCCACCGGAGUAGCUAUGGCUACUUGAGCCACUACCCCCAGGUUUUUCUUUAAAUUCCCGCCCUGGUGUGUGAUUGGCUAGCUGAUUUCUCUUAAAGCGAGGCGCCUAAAAGUGGCUUGUAACGAUUUUACUCCUGGUACCAGUGAUAUGGUUUAAAUGCUUUGCUUUACUUUAGUGUUGAGAUUACUUUUUGAGCUAUAGCCCUUCUGGUUUUGAGCAGGACGUUGCCUGCGAAGGGUUCCUGCGGCCCACGAUCUUGUGUAACCAAUCGUUGGCGAUGGUCAGCUGUAGGUGGCGCCAAAUGCCCGUCUUUUCGCAGGCUUUGUUACCCGCUCCCGAAUCUGGGGUUCCGGCCGUCAGGUAAGUUGUUGGAAACGCAUUUUGGGGCCGGGCGCGGUAGCUCAUG